GAGACAAGAAGCCUUUUCGCUCGCGCAGCACCGCGUCCGUCCAAACAAGUUCCUACUCCUGCCAUUUCUCCUGCCACCUCAUCCUCCGUCCUCCUCAUGCCGUCGUCGUCGUUCGAGCCGUCGAGGGUCUUCUUCUCUUCUUCAGGUGCCACUACAACUACAGCAGCUGCGGCAACCGCGGCGGCAGGAACUGCGGCUCGUACAUGACGGACGUGCGAGGCACGCGCUACCCCAACUGCGCCAACGACAUGACGGCGGCGCUCCACUACGUGUCGCCGGCGUGGUCCGGCCGCGCCAAUCCCAGCCAGGUUCUAGCCAAGAGCACCUCCAGCGAAGGAUCCACGACACAGGCGGCAGCGGAGGCGGCGACCUACAUGGUGCUGGACGACCUCACCGUCACGCCGCACGCUCCCAUGUCCGCCAACUCCACCGUCGCGCUGCUCGGCACCUUCGGCGUCACGGACCUCGGCGCGGUCCAGGAGAUGACCGUGCGGCUCCGCUACAACGAGGGUCUGGGGAUCCUCAGAGCGUCGCUGCACUCAAGGACCGUGCUCACUGAUGUUUUCCUCGGCGAGGUCCGUGCUUGAAGGGCGCUGCUCCUCGCGCCGCGGACCUGAUGAACAUGGGCUAAGCAAUUUGGGUCAGUUGGAAUCUUGUGAUGCUUCAGGUAGUAGCAGUUAGUUUGCCGUCGAUCGACUCUCCUGUAUUUGUUUGGGUAGUAAUCUGGUAGCAUUAGUAGUGAGCAGCAGCAGUUAGCGCACUGCCUUUUGGUUCACCAUGGGCCUUCUUCCGACCUCCCUAAUGCCUUGGUAAAAACUCUGUUUCAUCGAUGGCAAUCUAAUCUCCUUGAUUUUGAAGGAUGUGUAACGUAUGCAAGGCGCAGUUC